AUGCUGCGACGCACACCGCGCCGGCUAUUACUCAACGUCUCUGGCGAGAGUCCGUCCUUCCGCUCGAAGCCUGUGCGGAACCUUCAAAUGGAUGUCCAGAUGAGCCCGUACAAGGAACAGUUCAAGGACUACUGGUCCACACCGGUGCCAUGGGCUGAUCGCGAAUACGGUGAGAAGCCAAAGCUUGGCGCUCCUAUCCCUACGCGCCGCGCAGCCACAGCCAUAGUAGUGGGCAAAAACAAAUACGUGUCCCUUGACAAGGUAGAGAGAGGUGAGGACAACGACUACAAGGUGUUGAUGAUGUUCCGUGAGGGAAAAAGCCGCUUUGUGCGAGAUCAGUUUAUUUUUCCGUCUUUUCCCAUCAGUUUAGAGGAUACCUCAGAAGACUGGGAUAAAAUUCUGCGCCGUCGUGGCGUUACGACGGAAUGGACAGAUUUGCAUCACCGACUUUGUGCGAUGCGUGCACUUUUUGCGCAAAUGAAUAUUCUUUUGGUGCCCAAGGAAGGCGGUGGGAUUGUAGAGGUAGAAGGGCCGCCUGGGCCGAAGAAGUGGCAUCUACUCGUGCACUCCCAACCAAAGGCAAUGAAGCACCUUGUGGAUGUACUUGAGCUUCCCAUGGAGACGUGUCUGUCGCAGCUGUUGCCUUUUCGAUGCAUCACCACGCCAACAACGGAGACGUUUCGCUUUGACAACCUUCUUUAUUUGGUCCCUUUUGAAAAGCUGCCCGACGUGCGGUUUACGAUUAGCACGGUGGGAGAGAAACUCGUGUGGGUUUCGCCCAUGGAGGCCAUGGCUAGGUUCAACGCAGGUAUCAUGAACAUGCCUACGCCUAACCUUAUUGCGCUAUCGGAGCUUAGCAACGAGUGUCCUACCUUUGCGGAUGUGACAAGGCGCAAACCGCACGGCGCCUAUUGCUCUGUUCUCCCCGCACUCUACCAUCAUAGCCAGACCAAGGUCGCCACUGUCCUUCUCCCUGGCGAUAUCAUGCACCCCACGACCACGAAAGAAGACAGGGCAGAAAAAUAUGUUCGUCGAUUUGUGUAUGAAAAGGACUAUCCCUUUGGUGUUCGGGCGGUUUUUGAAGAAAGGCCUGCGACGCCACACGAGAUCAAUGAACCCUUGGUUCGCGACGCACCAAAGUUACUGGAGGAAGCUAAUGAAGCGGAUAUGGUCUACGCAGAUACCCCAUACCCAAAACGGGAGAAAAACCCGGAAGAAAUUGGUCGUACCCGUUUCCCCGUUCCAACUUAUUCCUUCCAAGAAGGCGCAGAGAACGAAGAAGGUGUCAUACCCGUGCGCAACAGAAACAUUGAGAGUGUCGGUGACCUUUACUCACACACAAAUUGA